AUGGCCAGGCUAGUGAAAUCAAUUCUCCAUCUUGGUGGCAAUGGCCAUAACCCGUUAAACAUGUCUGAUGAGCACAUCUUGGAGGAGAUUUAUUCAACCCAUGUCCACAGCGAUACUAAGUUUGACGUGGACUCUCUUUUCAAACUUGUCGAAAACAUCCUUAAGCGAUCAACCCACAUUGUUGACAAUGUUGUGCAAGGAAACCACGGAAGCCAGGAGCAAAUAGUUGACGAGAUUCCCAAAGCUGACUUCUUCUCACCAUUGUGUACUUUGAAGCAAAUUACUUCCGAGAUGACGUGCAAGCCUCCAGGUGAGGAAAUUGCUCACAAGACAACACUAGCAAUCCUCAAGAAAUUGUCAAGUUAUUCAUGGGAUGCAAAAGCUGUUCUCACUCUUGCGGCUUUUGCUCUUGAAUAUGGUGAAUUCUGGCUUCUUUGUCUGCAUCAGCCAACAGAUCCACUUGCCAAAUCAUUGGCCACAAUCACGCGAGUACCUGGGCUCACCAACUCCACAGCACUGAAAAAACAUCACAAUGCCAUUUUGGAGCUCAACAAUCUCAUGAAGACCACUUGGGAAGUGAUCAAGCUCAUCUUGGAGUUGGAACAUCUUACCUCUUAUGACACCAAGGACGUGCCAGCUUUGCUACCAUCCUUAGAACAAAUCCCUGUAGAUGUCUACUGGGCUAUCAUCACCAUUGUAGCAAUUGUUACUCAGACUGAAUGCCUCACCACUGAUUCGGAUCAGAGGCAGGACUUAUCUCAUUUUGGUCAAAAGAUUAACAUCAUACUUAGCAAAUUGAGGAAGCAGAUGUUACUGUGCAAGCAACAAAUUGAGGAAGCAGAUAAUAAGAAGAGACUCAAGAAAAUGUUUCAAACCCCUACUGAAAUUGUGGAGGUGUUUAAGUUGCUGAUAUUUUGGAAAGAUACUCCACAGGCGCCCAUCUAUGACGGUGCUACUAAAACACUGGUUAACAUUGAAGUGCUAAAAAAGAAGAACGUGUUCUUGUUCAUUUCAACCCUGGACAUCACAGUAGAAGAAAUCUCUCUUUUCAAACCAAUUCACGAUGCAACAAAAUCAGGAAACGAGUACAAGAUUGUGUGGGUUCCCAUUGUGGAGGAAUGGAAUGAUCAACUGCGUAAGAAAUUUGAGUUUCUGAAGUCUAAGAUGCCCUGGUUCGUGUUGCAGCACUUUGCACCCAUAAAAGGCAUCGAGUUCAUAAAGGAAGAAUGGCAAUUCAAGAAGAAGCCAAUGUUUGUGGUGAUGAGCCCCCAAGGAAAGAUUCUGCAUCCGAAUGCAUUCCACAUGAUUCAAGUUUGGGGGUUAAACGCCUUCCCUUUCACUCAAUCCAUUGAAACAACACUGACCCAACAAGCAAGUUGGAUUGAAUCUCUGGUGAUUAACAUUAACCCACAAAUAACCACAUGGGAGCAAAAGUAUAUCUUCUUCUAUGGAGGUAAGGAUAAGGAAUGGAUUCAACAAUUCAACAAAUCUGCGGGUGCCCUAGCAAAUGAUGCCACUCUUAAGGAGGCAAACAUUUCAGUUGAGCUGUUUUGCUUGGAGUUUGAACACUCAAACGUUAUUAACCGCUUUUGGAGAGGGAUAGAGAGUUUGUUUGUGACCAAGAUGCACAAGACAACUAACACAGUAACUCAAGAGGUGCAAAAAAUGCUUUCCUACAAGAAUGAGACUGGGUGGGCACUUCUCAGCAAGGGCUCUACUGUGUUGCUCGCUGGCCAUGGAACCACCAUUUUGAAGACAGUGGCAGAGUUUGACAAAUGGAAAGGGCUGGUUAUCAAGAAUGGCUUUGAGGUCUCCUUUAAAGAACAACAUGACAAGGUUGUUCGCACCAUUCAUCGUUGCUCCCACCUUGAAAUCCCUAACGUUGCAGGAAAAAUUCCAGACAAAAUUGAGUGCCCAGAGUGUCACCGCACAAUGGAAGUGUUUAUAAGCUACAAGUGUUGCCACAAUGAGAACACUGCUAAUGCUGAGCAUUAA